AUGUCAUUCAGCCCUCAUAUACAACCCGCAAUGCCGCCCAAGGACGGUUCUACCACGACUAGGAGUCGGCGAUCGACGAAAACCGCGGAGCAGCACGUUCAGGAGGGGCAAGAGCGAUCGGCGAAGGAGAUGGAGGGGACCAGUGGAAAGGGGAAAAGACGUGCCAAGCCCAAGACCCCUGCGAUAGUCGAAUCCUCGGACGACGAGGGGGAACCUUCCACCACCGGUCCUCCUGCGAAGAGGGGGGCAAAGAAAAGCGGAGGACGUCCUCCAAAGAAACCCAAAACCGCUGUCGACGACAGCGCCAAGGACUCUGAUGUUGAGAUUGUCGACGAGAGCCUGGGUGGACAGGAUAACGGAGGGAAGAACGCCGAAGGAGGGAACGGUGAGGCUGAGGGAGCCCCGAAGGCGCUCACUGGGGCAGAGGAUGGUGGAGAUGCAGGCGACGGUGGGAAGGAGGCUGAAGGGGAAGGGGAGGAUGACGGCAAUGCUGGCAAGGGAGGGAAGGAGGUUGAAGCGGAAGGGGAGUAUCGCCAUGAUGGCCAGGGAGGCGGGAAGGGAGGGGAAGAGGCUAGGGCAAAGAAGACGAAGGCAACGCCUGACAAAAAGGGAGAGGAAGGGGAAGACAAGACGCCUAAGACUCUUGACGCCCUGAUGGAAGAGACGGACAGCGCUGUUGUGACUGUCGAGGCCAUGCUCGAGUCUCGCGCGCGCAAAGCGUCGCAUAUGAUCCAGCUUCACAUGGUGGCUUCGAGCGCCGACCUCGGGUUCGCUCUCUUCAACGGUGCUGGGGGACCCUUGUUCAGCGAUAGCCAUGCGCAGGAGUUCGACGACCUAAUAUUAUGUUCCAAAAAACAUGGCCAUGUUUAG